AUGAUAAGAGCUAUGGCGGUUGCUUUAUCUUCCUCCGGCGUCGUCGCUCAUCUUCUUCCCCCGUCGUUUCCAGGUGUUUCCGUCAAAAGAAUUCUGUUUCGGAAUCGGAACGCUAGUCCUUGUGGUUUAGCUCUUCCAUUUCACAGUUCAUCUCGAUCUGUACUGGUUUUUGCUCGUGGGAAGAAUCGAAAAGGAUUCGCGUCUUCGCCGUCUUCGUCGUCCCCGAAGAGGAACAAAAAGAAAACUUUUGAGGGAGAUAAUGGAGGAGGUGAGGAAGAGGAUGAUCCAUUUGAGGCAUUGUUUAAUCUAUUGGAAGAAGAUUUGAAGAAUGAUAAAUCGUCAAUAGAUGAUGAGGAGAUCAGUGAGGAAGACUUAGAUGCAUUAGCAGACGAGUUAGCUCGAGCAUUGGGUGGCGAUGAUGAUGGCAUUGACUUGUUUGGCUCAGCCACUGGUGAUGUUGUUGAUGAUGAGGAUGAUGAAGAAGAUGAAGAAGAUGAUGAUGAUGAUUAUGACAGCGAAGAAGAAGAUGAAAGACCCACUAAGCUGAAGAAUUGGCAGCUUAGGAGAUUGGCUUAUGCAUUGAAAGCUGGCCGUCGUAAAACUAGUAUAAAAAAUCUGGCAGCUGAGGUUUGUCUUGACAGGGCUUAUGUUCUUGAACUACUUCGUGACCCGCCUCCGAAGCUGCUAAUGCUAAGUGCUACACUACCAGAUGAGAAGCCGCCAGUAGCAGCACCUGAAAACUCCUCACCGGAUCCAAUUCUUGCGGAAUCAUCAUCAGCUGAAGAUGUUGUGGUUGAACCUGAGAAAAAAGUAAAAGAUGAAGCAGUGCAUGUGAUGCAACACAGAUGGUCUGCUCAGAAAAGAGUGAAGAAAGCUCACAUUGAAACACUAGAAAAAGUUUACAGAAGAUCAAAACGACCCACUAAUGCGGUGGUUAGCAGCAUUGUUCAAGUGACCAAUCUUCCAAGGAAGAAAGUUUUGAAGUGGUUCGAAGAUAAACGAGCAGAGGACGGAGUUCCAGACAAGCGAGCUCCAUAUCAAGCUCCGGUUUGAUUUAAUGUUUACAUUGGAUUCCCAGAAACCCAUCCAAGGACAUUUUCUGGUGAUACGAGGUGUGUUUAUAUUAGUAUAAUUUCUGUCAAAUGGUGUGGUUAGCUUAGGAAUAUAUUGGAUUCAAUUCUAGUCAUUUUUCUUACCAAGAAACUGUCUAGUAUACGAUCCUCUCCUCUGUUACUACUGUUAGUGUUGUUAUCAACUAUUGAAGAACAGUUAAAAAGUUAUAUCUGCUCAGUUUUCAAUUUAGUUUAGUUUAUUAUCAUA